AUGGAGGGCGACUACUCGCAUUGUGAUUUAUCAAAUCCGGACUUUGAGGGUGAACUGACCAAGCGAAGUAUGUGGCUCAAGGAAUGGCGUAAGCGCUAUUUUGUGCUAAAAGGCAAUAAGCUUUAUUUUUGUCGUGCACAGGGUGAACCAGCACACGGUCUUAUUGACCUUGCCGAUUGUUUAACAGUAAAAUCAGCUGAAGAGAAGACCAAUAAGCGUUUUUGCUUUGAAGUAGCUACACCAGACUCGACUUAUUACAUGUAUGCGGAGAAUGAAAAGCACAAGAAUGAAUGGAUUGGUGCCAUUGGUCGAGCCAUUGUGAAAUUCUCCUGUUCUUUCACAGGCGACCAGGAUGACGAUACGAAUUAA